CAAUCUAGUCAGUCCGCCGCGAGUCGUCGUGGGGGUAGUAUUGCUGCGCGUUGCAAUUCUGGUACUAAUCCGCACCGGUCCCUAUUGAGCCGGCACGAGCAAAUUUAAGGAUAUAAAUAAUCGUAUAAUUCAAAUUAAGUGACAAGUUAAUUGAUGUUUGUGGAGACUUAUUGAUCGAAUUCGAUUUUUUCGUGGUGCAACAGUGGUUUGCGAUCUACGUGACUGCAUUUCUUUGGUGUGUGAGCUCGCUGAAGUGUGAAAAGGACACAAUGAACGGUCUGAACGGGCACAGCAACGGCGACAUGAACGGAGCCGGGGACAUCAUCACUCAGAACCAGCAGCGAGGCUGGUGGACCAUCGGGCUGAUCAACUCGCGGUACCGUUACCUCACCGCCGAGACCUUCGGCUUCAAGAUUAACGCCAACGGCACCAGUCUCAAAAAGAAGCAGAUCUGGACCUUAGAGCCCGCCUCUGGGAACGCCAAUGACAGCAUGAUCUACUUACGUUCGCACCUGGACAAGUACUUGGCUGUGGACUCUUUUGGCAACGUCACCUGCGAGUCUGAGGAGAAGGAGGCUGGCAGCAAGUUCCAGAUCAGCGUAUCGGACGAUAACAGCGGUCGCUGGGCGCUCCGCAACGUGGAGCGAGGCUACUUCCUGGGCUCGAGCCAGGACAAGCUGACCUGCACGGCCAAGGUGCCCGGCGACGCCGAGCUGUGGCAUGUCCACCUCGCUGCUAGGCCGCAAGUGAACCUCCGCUCCAUCGGCCGCAAGCGCUUCGCCCACCUGUCGGAAUCCCUGGACGAGAUCCAUGUGGACGCGAACGUGCCCUGGGGCGAGGACACGCUCUUUACGCUGGAGUUCCGAGCUGAUGAGGGCGGGAAGUACGCCCUGCACACUUGUAACAACAAGUACUUGAGCGCUGGAGGAAAGCUCCUGGACACGUGCACGCCGGUCUGCCUGUUCAGCGCGGAGUACCACGCCGGAGCCCUAGCCCUGCGCGACAGCGCCGGCGCCUACCUCGCGCCCAUCGGCUCCAAGGCCGUCCUGAAGACCAGGUCCACGGCCGUCACCAGGGACGAGCUCUUCUCCUUGGAAGACAGCCUGCCCCAAGCUGCCUUUGUCGCCGCCUUGAAUGACAAAUACGUUUCUGUUAAACAAGGCGUGGACGUGACCGCCAACCAGGACGAGAUAUCCGCGCACGAGAGCUUCCAGCUGGAGUUCGACUGGGCCACCCGCCGCUGGUACAUCCGCACCAUGCAGGACCGCUACUGGACCCUGGAGACCGGCGGCGGCAUCCAAGCCAGCGGGGACAAUAAGUCCUCCAACGCGCUGUUCGAGUUGGAGUGGCAGGGCGACGGCGCCGUGGCCUUCCGCGCCAACAACGGCAAGUACCUGGUCACCAAGCGGUCAGGGCAUCUGUACGCCAACGUGGACACCAUCGAUGACAACUGCAAAUACUAUUUCUACCUUAUCAACAGGCCUAUCCUCGUGCUGAAGUGCGAGCAAGGGUUCGUGGGCCCCAAGGGCGUGCGGCUGGAAUGCAACAAGGCCAACUACGAGACGAUCCAGGUGGUACGCGGACCCAAGGGAGCUGUUUACUUCAAAGGACAAAACGGCAAGUACUGGCACGCGGACAGCGAGAACGUGACCUGCGACUCUGACUCGCCGCAGGGCUUCCACCUGGAGCUGCGGGAGCCCACGCGCCUCGCCAUCCGCGCGGCCGCCUCGCGCGAGUACCUCGCCGCCGCCAAGAACGGCAACUUCCGCCUCGUCGGCACCGACCUCAGCACCGCCACGCACUGGGAAUAUUAGAUACCCCCAAUAUGUCAGUAGUCUGCGUUUGGACACGCGAAGAGUGUGGGGUUUAUUUUUGCAUUAGUCACGUUUCUUUCGCGCUGAUCGUAAAGGACUGAAAAUAUUUUUUUCUUUACAUUUAAGAUCUUUGCCUAACCCAUGUGAGUGUAAUUUUAUUAUUGUUUCUUUGUCUAGAAUGCUGGCGGUCGAAUAUACUGUAAUAUAUCCGACGUUACUUAUUUAAAAUAUACUUACUGCUUGUUGUAUAUUGACUGAGUACGUAUUUGUACUGAAAGGCAACAAAUGGAUGUCUCUUUGUGUGUUCAAACGCUACAAACGAAUCUCCUAAGUCUGUUCACAAUACUCUUCCAAUAGUACCCGGUUUAAUACUUGUAUUGGCGAGCGACUUAUAUCGAUUUCUAAGAGGGCCUACGCCGCACGUGAUACCAUUUUGAAUUAAUUUACCAGCCGCCAUUACGUGAUUCACAAGAUGGCGGCGUCCGAACGAACCAAUCAGCUGAUUCUGCGGGGAAUCCGCUGCCAAUGGAUAAAAAUAAUAGAAAAAGAAGAAUGUUAGUCAAUGUUUGUUCAUUGUCGAUUCACAUUCUGCAGAAAAAAAAGCUCCACAAUAUGACGUCACGCGCGACGCGCUCUGUUUUGCAUUUAGUACGGUUAAGGUGUAUGUAUAUCGCGUACGCGCGAAUGUGAUCAUAUGAAAAUAUCGCUUCUCUUUAAUAUUAUUAUCGUAAUCAUAGAUUUAUUUUUCUUAUUGGUAGAUCUGCCGAUUAUUGCUUGUUUUCAAUUAUAUUUUUUAACAUUUUGUGACAGUCAAUCGUAAUGCUUGAAAUUAUUUAUUAUUUAGAUUUACGAUAUCGAUAUAAAUUAAUUUAUCGAGGACAUUAUUGGAAUUUUUGAGAAUAUUUAUUGGAUAUUGUAGUGUCUAGUCGAUGGGUUUUAUACAUUUUUACCAGCACAUCGCUGAGUAGGUUAGCGAUCAUCAACAUCACGAGACUGAAGCCUACAGCGGUUAACAGUUAGAUCAGGUAAUUUAAGUUAACAGGGAUGCCGCAAUACCAGACAACUGCCUCGUUGCUCAAUGUUGUAAGGAGUCUGGCCUAUAACUAGUUAAGUAAGCUAGUUUAGUUGUAAGUAACGUUUAAGGUAAGCCGAGUUCGCUUCCGAUGGUGUCCGUGCUAUUAAUAUUGGACAUUAUGUAACCUAUUUACAUGACCUGGUGCAUACGUAUCUUGUAUAUAAGUCACUUCAGUCCGGAUCCCUGACGGAAGCGUCCGAGUUUUUACGAAGAACAAAAUGUUUAUUAAGUAUUUGUACUGCAAUGCUCCCGGAAAUUAAUAUUUGUACGAUAAUGUCUUUGUAAACUAUUAAUGAAUAAAUUAUAAUCAUAUUGUA